ACAAAGCAGAAAAUCAAAAUGGCUCUCCGCUUAAUUUUCGUAUUCAUUGCCACAAUCGUCCUGGCUCAAGGAUCACAUUUUUCGUCGCUUGAGCAGGAGACUCUGGUGGGAGUGCAUCGCUCCGGAGUGGCUUCAUCUGGGGCUCCUGUCGUUGGUGUUACCCGUGGCCGCUCAGUUGCUUCUCAGGCUCAGCGUCCUGCCUCUGGUCACGGAUCCAUCUCUGGACCUAUUCAAGGAUCCCGUCGAGUGGGCGAAGUUUCAGCGGCCGGAUCUCGUCCUCAUGGUGGUGCCCCUCGUCGUUCUUCUGCAGGCACUUAUGGUCGUCCAAACGGAGGCGGAGCUGCCACAGGAAAUGUCCACCGCAACCAGAAACCUUAUUAA